AGAAUAAGUGCCAUUUUACUGCAUUCACUUGCAGCUUGCAAUUCACAAGCUGCUCUAGCCGCAAACCACCCACCACAAUUGUUCUGGGGUGGCCGAGAAUCGGCAAAGACCUGAGGAAUCCUUGUUGAACUAGCCGAUAGAUGUUACAAGACUGGCCCCACCCACCCACUAUCGAUAACGACUUCAACAUUUGGACAUUGCCAAACUCAUCAAUAACAAAUUUGAGAUCAACAACCCUUAAUACGUGAGACAUAGCAUUCGACAUGGCACCAAAACGACCUCUAGAAGGCGAAACCAACCCAGGGUCGGCCCCUGUGGUCAAGAAGGCCCGCGGCUUCAAAGUUGGACCAGACAACCUGCCAGAUGGCCCCUGGCGGCGGAAAGUCGUCAAGGUCAAGAAGAACCUGAUUGAAAAGGCCAAGCUGAAGAAAUCAUACGCCAAAAUCAAGGCCUCGGAGCAGUCAUCCGCUCCAAAAGAGCCAUCAGCCGAGGAAGCAGGCGCGCCCGAGCCGGCCAUUCACCCAGAACGCCAAGCUAUGCUGGAAGAAGAGCCCGAGCCGGAGGCAGCUCCGUCUCAGAGAGGAGACAAGCCAGCCUCGGACCGCGAACGCCGCCCUCGCAGGCCAAGGCAGCCGCGCAAGCCAGGGUACUUCGACAAGGCACUCGAAGAAGGCGAGCGCGUCAAGGCCGAGGCCGAGGCGCGCGAGAACGAGUUUCAGAGGCGGCUUGCGGAGCGCAAUUACAGGGCUGCGGAUCGGGAAAGGUUCCAAAGGGAGCUGAAGAAAGCCAGGACGCCGGGGAGGGAUGGGCAGCGGAAGCUGGGGCGCGAGGGCGGGUUAAUGUUGGAGAAGAUUAAGAGGAUGCAGCAACAGGGAAAGUUAAGGUGAACGAUGAAAAGUUGUUUUGAUCGACGCAAAAUUUGGAAAAGGCAUUGUGCUAUGGCACCCAUGUGAACUCUGAGAUGUGGGAAUGAACUGCCCAACCUUCAUUGAUACCCAGCAAAAUUCCGCUAUGAACAGGUUUAUCUUACCGCGACUCC